UUAAGAGCCGUUUGGGUCGUUUCCUGUAAUAAUUAACUUAGUGUCAAACCAUUAAUGUAAAAGUUUUUGUUGGAAAGCUUAGUUUUUAUUUAGUGUACUCUUCGAAAUUUAGAAUGCAGAAGGCUUUUUUAAUUAUAUUUACGUUGUUUUGCAUAUAUGAAAACACCGCCGGUAAGGUAGGCAAUAACAAAUGUCCAAUAGGAUGUACUUGCCAUGUCCGAACUAUGCGCUGCGAGCAAGCAGGCUUGGAUUCUAUUCCCGAGAAUAUCAGCAAUGAUGUCCAGAUGAUAGAUUUGCGUGAUAAUAAUUUGCAUGACAUACCAGCUGCUGCCUUUCGUGGAUUACCUUUUGUGACAACACUUUUCCUCAACUACAAUGGCAUAACAACAAUAGACAAGAACGCCUUUGUGGAUUUGAGUAAUUUAAAGCAAUUAUAUUUGGGAAAUAAUAAACUUAAGGACAUUUCAGUCGAUUUGCUUCAGCCACUCAAAAAUGUUAAAGUCAUAUACUUGGACAAUAACAUGAUUGCAAAAAUUCACAAAGGAACAUUCUCACAUCUAUUGGAUCUUAGCUAUUUAUCUUUGAAUAAUAACGAACUUGUAAAUAUUCCAUCCGACGAAUUUACAUACUUACCAAGGUUGCAGUAUUUACAAAUUGAUAACAAUCCCUUAACAUGCGAUUGUGCGGUGCAUGCAUUAUGGAACAAUUAUUUUAACGGACCUGAAAAAACUAUUAAUCAAAUUAUACUAUCGUGCGGAUCAUCUUCAGCAACGAAUAAAAAGUUCGCAAACCUUGAACCACAGGACUUCGAAUGCAAUAUUCCAGAAAUUAUAUUGGCUCCAGAAAAUCAAUUAGUAGUUGCUGGAAAAUCGCUCACUCUGGAAUGCGACGCUGAUGGUGAACCUGAACCAGUCAUAAAAUGGUAUUUUAACGGAAAACCAUUAAAAACUGAUGAACGUAAAAUACUAGAUAACGAAAACACCGAAUUAAACAUAAAUAAUGUAAUAAAAAAUGACACAGGUAUUUAUACAUGUAUUGCUCAAAACUACAAUGGCAACGUGUCAAUACAAGCGAAUGUGACAGUAUAUGAUAGUGAGCAAAAGCCGCGACUAAUUAUAGAACCCUAUGACUUAGAGGUUAUACUGGGAACAAUUUUUGAAAUACCUUGUAAGGCAGAGGAUCAUAGCGGUGUUCAGGUGAUAUGGAGACAUGAUGGAAAAGUUAUCACCGAAAAUAUAUUUUCAAACGAUAAAUAUCAAGUUAGUGGAUCGGGAAGUCUUCUUGUCAAAAAUGUCACAACUGCGGAUGGAGGUCGUUAUGAGUGUACGUUAAAAAAUCAAUAUGGACGUGUUACCGCUUCAGCUCUUGUAAAAGUAAAGGGCAGUGUGAGUAAAGCACCAGGUGACAAUUACGUACGAAUAGCUUUCAACGAGGCUUUAAUGGAAAUUGAUUUGGCUAUCAAUAACACCAUAGACGCUCUUUUUACGAAACGCAAUCGAAAUUCAAAUGGAACCCCCAAUUAUGCCGAUUUAUUACGAGUGUUCCGGUUUCCUAAAGGGGAAGCCCGUCAACUUGCUAGAGCCGCGGAGAUUUAUGAACGAACUCUUGUAAACAUUAGAAAACAUAUUGCUAAAGGGGACGCCCUUAGUACGUCAAGUGAAAGUUAUGAGUUUAAAGAUCUUCUUUCACGCGAACACUUGCAUUUAUUGGCGGAGCUUUCAGGUUGUGUAGAACAUCGAGAGAUGCCUAAUUGUACAGACAUGUGCUACCACUCGAGAUAUCGUAGUAUAGAUGGUACUUGCAAUAAUAUGAAAAAUCCUUGGUGGGGAGCAUCUCUUACUGCAUUUAAACGGAAUGUUAAACCAAUUUAUGAGAAUGGUUUCAGCACACCUGUUGGUUGGACAAAAAAGAAAUUAUACGGAGGAUUUUUAAAACCCAGCUCACGUUUGAUUUCAACUUCAGUUAUUACAACCAAGCGAAUAACUCCAGAUAACCGAAUUACUCAUAUGGUAAUGCAGUGGGGACAAUUUUUAGAUCAUGAUUUGGAUCAUGCUUUGCCAUCUGUAAGUUCGGAAAGUUGGGAUGGAAUAGAUUGUAAAAAGACGUGUGACUAUGCACCUCCUUGCUUUCCUAUUGAAGUCCCUCCAGGAGAUCCUCGCAUAAAAAAUCGCCGGUGCAUCGAUGUAAUUCGAACAAGCUCUGUUUGUGGUUCCGGUAUGACGUCAGUUUUUUUUGAAGGGGUGCAGCAUAGAGAACAAAUAAACCAACUCACUUCUUAUAUUGAUGCAUCUCAAGUUUAUGGCUAUAGCUAUGAAUUCUCAGUCGAACUUCGAAAUCUUACAACUGAUGACGGACUUCUAAGAACAGGAGUACAAUUUCCUGGACAAAAAGAUAUGUUACCCUUCGCUGCACCUCAGGAUGGUAUGGAUUGUCGGAGAAAUCUGAACGAAAAUACAAUGAACUGCUUUGUUGCUGGCGAUAUAAGAGUUAAUGAACAAAUUGGCUUACUGGCGAUGCAUACCAUCUGGAUGCGAGAGCAUAAUCGAAUUGCUAUAAAAUUGCGUGACUUAAAUCCACAUUGGGAUGGUGAUACUAUAUAUCAAGAGGCGCGUAAAAUUGUGGGUGCCCAAAUGCAACAUAUUACUUAUAAACAUUGGCUACCCUUAAUUGUCGGUGAAAGUGGUAUGAAAUUGUUGGGCGAAUAUAAAGGAUACGACCCUAAUAUAGAUCCAUCAAUAUCUAAUGUUUUUGCCACAGCCGCAUUACGUUUCGGCCAUACCAUAAUAAACCCAGUACUCCAUCGUCUUAACUCUACCUUCCAACCCAUUCCCCAAGGCCAUUUACCAUUGCACAAAGCAUUUUUUGCACCUUGGCGACUUGCUUAUGAAGGUGGUGUUGAUCCACUCAUCCGGGGCAUGUUCUCAAUCCCAGCUAAACUAAAAACUCCCGAAGAAAAUCUAAAUAGUGAACUAACUGAGAAACUAUUUCAGAGUUCACAUGCAGUUGCAUUAGAUUUAGCAGCUAUUAAUAUUCAGCGUAGCAGAGAUCACGGACUUCCAGGUUACAAUGUUUACAGGAAAUUUUGCAACCUUUCAACAGCAGUAACUUUCGAUGACAUGGAAAAUUAUAUUAAAAGCGCUGAUGUGCGUAGAAAACUUAAGGAAAUUUAUGGACAUCCGGAUAACAUUGAUGUCUGGGUUGGUGGUAUUUUAGAAGACCAAAUUGAGGAUGGAAAAGUUGGACCUUUAUUCCAAUGCUUGCUCGUGGAACAAUUUCGUAGGCUUCGUGACGGAGAUAGGUUUUACUACGAAAAUAGUGGAGUUUUUCUUCCACAACAACUAAACCAAAUAAAACAAGCAAACUUAGGACGUAUACUUUGUGAUAAUGGUGAUAAAAUGAAUGAAAUUACAUCGAAUGUUUUUCUGUUACCAAAAGUACAGGGUGGUUUUAAAAAAUGUGCUGAUAUGCCAGAAAUAAGCUUAAACUUUUGGCAAGAUUGUGGAUCAUGCAAAAGUUUACCUCCUCUUCUGGAAGAAUCAGAAAUUUUAGACUAUCAUGCUCUAAAUAAGAGGUCAACAUAUUCUAUUAAAAAUACAUUUAAGCAAUCAUGGGAUUUUAAAGAAACUCGGCAAUCGCGUAUAAAUAGUUUGGAGGAAACCAUUAACAAACUACAAAAUGAGUUCGAAGAAUAUAAAAAAAGAGUACAAAAUCUCGAAAACUAAUGUUUGUUUGCAAAGACGUAACAAUUUCAAGAAUAAAUAAAUGCAAUGUUUAAAAAUUA